AACAGUUUAGUUUAUCAGUAUCCAUCAGUCAUUUAUAAGUAGCCCUCAGUCUUAAAUGCUGGUUUGAUAGCAUCUCCUGGACAAUCAAGAAUUACAAUUCUACUCUCUUAACUGUCAAAGAAUGGUGACUCGGGGUUCAUUUUUAACUGCACAAGAGUUGGCUGAAAAAGCUCAAGGAAAAAAACCAUACUUUAAGUUGUGGGUGAGGGCAAAGGACCAACUCCCGUCAUUGAUGUAUGUAGGCACAGAGGAGCAAACGUUAAAUUACGAUCCAGAAACAUAUCAAGGGAGAUGGGAGUCAAAUCUUUCUGUUGUAAUGAAGAUUAAAAACGUUGGCGAAGUGGAUGACCCCAAGUACCAUAUCUCUAACAUUGUGAUACCAAACACAUACUUGGAAGUCACAAGUGCAAAAUUAACAGGCGAUGAUUACCAAGUCAGGUUUCUGUAUAAAUCAGACAGAUCGGAUAUACAAUGUUUCACAGUCAAGGAAUCCAACUGGGAUGACACAUACCUGGAAAUUAUACACGAAAAUUCUUACAUCAACCCCACUACGGUGAACUAUAGCGGCCACAUAAGCAAGGUGAUGGCUGCCUCAGCUACUGUAUACGAUCGUAUUGGUAUCACCUACAUCCCAAACUUUAAUCUGCCUGGGCUAUGGACGACCGACGAAGAGUGGCCAGCGUUUCAUCACCAUCACCAUGACCACCAUGACCAUGACCACGUAGGGUACGGAGGAAAGGUCAUCAAAGAAGUCGACCGGUGCCUUAAAGUACAAACGGAUGAGCAAGAUGAGCAGAGAAGCAGUACAGAGGAACAGUGAACUAUAGAUACAACUACAAAAAAGAUACAUAGCUAUAAUUAUAUACUAGAUAGAAUUUGUGUAGUGAUAGUGUCAAAGGACAGACAGUCAAUUCACUCCAGUUAUUGUGCAAACUGUUGUGGUUUUGUGUAGAUAUACCAGUUACAGUAAUUUCUAUAGCUAUACAUAGCUAUGUGGUUUCAGAGUAUAAUUUUA